AAAUAAUAACUACACAUGACUUUACAUACACAGAAUUAAACAUUUUAUUACACUUAUUAAACUUACUGUAUUACAUCAUAUGACAUGUUCAGGCUUUACUACACAAUAUGACUCAAAGCAUGCAGUACAAUCGCUAUGCUCUUAACAGAAAACACUUUUCUUUAUAAUCUUCAUGUGUUUUUCUUUUUUUCUCAUGAGUGACAUUAAAAAUGCAGGAAAAAAAAAAGAAAUGAACCACGAUGGAAUGAUGACUUAUAGGAAAACAUUUUUAAUGUUAGAAAAAUGUGCAAGCACAGACACGCACACACACACACACACACACACUCACACACACACACUCACACACACUCACACAUACACACACACUCACACUCACACACACUCACUCACACACACACCCUCACACAUACACACGUACAAUGACACAUGCCCUGACACAUUUCCUGUGUGAAUUGAAGCUCACACACAAUGUUCAAGUUUCUGCAGUAGUAAAUAUCAUUGAGCAUCAGCGAUGGAUCUGGAGCUUUUCUUAGGAUUAAUUAACAACUGAUUUCAUUUUUACUUUUACUUUUUUUGUGUGUGUGUGAGCGGUUCAGCUGAAGAGGAUUGUGUAAGCAGCAGUUUCUUUGGAGGUCAAGGUGACUGAACUGGGGUCGUGGAACUCAUGGACCUGCUCUACCACCACGGUCCCAUCACCAAAGAGCGGUGUGAGGAGCUCCUGGGUGCAAAAGGCAAAGAUGGAGCGUUUCUCAUUCGAGACAGCGAGACCAUCCAUGGAGCCAUGUGCCUCUGUGUCUACAAAAAGAAGGUGGUUUACACGUACAGGAUCCUACAGACUCAUACUGGAUAUUACACGCUACAGUCCGGUGCAGGCGUGAAGGAGAAGUUUUUCAAGACGCUAGAAGAUCUUGUACAUCACUAUAAGAAGAGAAAUCGUGGGUUAGCGACUCGGCUGCGUUGUGCUGUGAAGAGAAAACAAACAGAUCAGGAAUCUGUGCUCGCUGAUGAAGAGCCGGACUACGAGAACGUGGAUUCGUCUGAGUAUGAGAACGUGGAUUCGUCUGAUUACGUUGACGUGCUGCCAGACUGAUUCUACUGAACUUUUCUUCAGUUUCUUUAUUUUCUUAAAAAACAAAAAACCUAAGCUAAAAACGACAAAGUGAGACUGUGAAGCUAAAGUUCACUGAGCUGGGUCAUGAGACUGACAUCAACUCUCAUGUCUACUGAUGUCUACUGACUUUCUGUUCCUUGUUAAGACUGUUCAAACGUUAGAAUAAUAAAAUGUACAUAAAAAUAGACACAAUUAGUUCACACUCCUGCGGUUAAAAUGGCAAGUUUUUGUGAUAUAAAAAAAUUAAACCAAGAUUAAUAGAAUUAUUUAAUUCCAUAAGGUAGGUUGCUGAAAAAAAAAAAAAGCAUAUAGCCAAAAGUGCCCCAUCCACACGGUGCAGCAUGGUGGUGGUAGCAUCAGGGUUUAGAGCUGCUUUUUCUUCAGCAAAAAACUGAGGCUUUAAAGCUGGAAGGAAUUAUGAAUAUCUACAAAUACCAGAUUUUAUGGCAAGACCAUCGGCAAGUAAAAUGAAGAUGGAAAGGAUUUUCAAGACAAGAAAAUUAGGAACGCAUCCACAUUAACCGGCGAAAGACUGAAGUUUAAGUGAUCUUUGGUGCAGACCUGAAUCCAGUGCAGUGACCAGAAGCAUGAAACAUGUUCAUACAGUCUGAAGGAACCCGAAUGAUACGGUGGAACUGCACCAUGCUGACAGACUGCUACACAAAAUCAAAUCAAAAUGUGCUUCAACAGAGUAUUAGUUUAGGGGUGUGAAUACUUAUGUAAACAGUUUGUUGUACUUCAGAUGCGCCACAAUGUAAUUUCACAUGUUGGAAAAAAAAUUCUGACGUUAUUUA